AUGAACGACGUCGCUCCUGGACAAGUUUAUAAAACGGUUUCGGGGCAUCUUUACCAUGCCGGCAAGAUAUGCCUUGUGAUGGUCGGACUUCCUGGACGGGGUAAAACCAACCAUGCAGUAGCAUUGACAAGGUACUUGCGCUGGCUGGGUAUCCGGGCACAGGCGUUCCAUUUAGCGAAUUAUCGCCGUGCGAUUCUGAGCCCAGACGAAGAAGUGUCUGUGGACUAUUUCAAGCGUGCCAACCCAUCGCAGGACCACUCUGCGUUGAGACAAAAGGUUCUGGAUGCUUGCUUGGACGAUAUUUGGGCAUUCUAUCGUGACGGUGGCCAAGUAGUAAUUUACGACGCUUCGAAUCCUCGUCAAGAAGAUCGUGCCAGAAUCUCAGGACUUUGCAAGGAACACGGUGUUGAGGCCUUGUUCAUUGAGAGCUUGGUUACCAAUGAAGCGUUGUUGGCCCGCAACAUCAACGAAGUACCGCUCACCUCUCCAGAAUACAGCCGGAUGUCUCGUAAUGAGGCCAUGCGACACUUUUUGCGUAUAUUAGAUGUUCGUAUCUCUGAAUACGAACCUCUCACGGAAAAAGAAUUACUUUAUAUCAAGAUCAUCAACGACGGUGAACGUUGCGUUGUCAAUAAUGGACCUUUGGGCUAUCUGCUGAACAGGGUGCUGCUGUUCCUUCUAAAUUCUCGCCGUCAACAAGGUUCUUUCUUCUUUGCUCGAGCGGGCACAACUGGCGUACCUAACGAACCCCUGAGAUCAGAUAACGAUCUCUCCGAGGAAGGAAAAGAGUAUGCCAGAACCCUUGCUAGAACUUUGAUGAACUAUACUUCGUCGAGACAUUUUGACCAGUUGGCUCGUGAAGUGGGCAAAACGUCUUUCGCCCGCUACACUGAUACAAGAAGCUCUUUGAUGCCUAGCAGAUCGGGAUCAGGAUUGUCGACGCCUGCGCUCUCUCAGCCCGAAACCCCAACCUAUGCACCACUCAUUGUUUGGACCUCAACUAGAUCAAAGACAAUUCAAACUUCAAAACCAUUCGUUGAUGCUGGAAUUCCCACCAGCCACGAUCCGUUACUGAAUCAACUAAAUGCUGGCGAGGCCGGAAAGUACUCGCGUGCAGAAUUCAAAGAGAAGACACUAGAAGCACAAAAAGAUCCUUAUCACCAUCGUUACGCUAGUGGCGAGUCUUACCAAGACGUUGCUAUUAGACUUGAACCUGUGAUCAUGGAACUAGAACGAGUACAGGGUGAUUUACUCAUUAUCGCUCACGAAAGUGUUCUGCGCGUUCUCUUUGGUUAUUUAAUGAAUUCCUCAACGGAGGAUAUUCCCAGCUUGCAAUUCCCGGCCUCUGAAAUUGUCGAAAUUGUCGCACAUGGGCAUCGCAAAUCUUGUAAUAGAAUCCCUAUUCCCGGUGCAUCGGCGGACGGUGGUGUUAAAAUCACACCACACCAACCCAUCAAAAGCAUUGUAUGA